AUGCCUUCAUAUGAGCAAAUGAAGUCGGAGAUCUUGCAUCUAUCAAAAACCUGCGAACAAAUCCGACCAGCUACAACAGACGAUGUAAUAUAUCGUAGCUUUAUCAAUGCACCCAAACUGGAUCCUAACGACAUCGAUGAAGGGAUGUAUUGGUCGGUAAAUAAAACGAUGGAUGCUGUUUUUGGUGCUGAUGUGGUAAACAAACAUGUUUUCACUGGACCCUACGGAGUUGAGCUUGUCAUGAAAUGGACGGACAAAGCACGAGAGCACGAGACAUGGGAUAAAAGUUCUGAUCAACUGUUGAAAUUGAAACUGAAAAGAAUACGCACCUACCUGAUCAGCUCAAAUGCUACUAAGAAUAAUUCAAAAGGAAAAAAGAGACGAGGUGUCUCUCAACCUUCGUCUGAUGUGGAUUCCACCAUAAUAAGCAAUAUCAACAAGCCAGCUGCAAAACGUCAACAAACAGCAGCACCAUCUGAAGUUUUAGUCAUCUCUUCCGAAUCCGACAACAAUGAAAACUAUCAGCCUGGCAGAUCUUCUAGCAAAUUCUCAAUAAAUAAUACUAGCAAGCCUGAGACCUCCACCAAGGUAUCUAAGCUCCUUGAUGUCCUUCGACUCUGUCCUUUAUCAAAAGACAACAAGCCUUGCACCAGAUGUCGAGUAGAGCACGGAGUACUGGGUGAUAAAGACUUUUGGUGCCACUGUAGCAAUAAGCGACUUGUCCUGCGCCAUGGUCGAGUUGAGACUGCUGAAGAACACUGGAAAUCAAGUAAGUAG